AUGACUGACCCUCCAGGCCACUCUCCUACAGAAUCCUCGCAACACAACCCGAAGGGGCCUCGACGCAAUCAACGGGGCCAUACCCGAGCGAACGCUCCCCCUGCUGCGACCUCCCGGCGCUCUACGCUAGACUUCGCUCUACCUGGAUCCUUUCAAGAGUCUUCGACACUCUCACCUCCUACUGCUGAUGUGCGCCACUGUUCUACGGUGUCCCCUCUGUCAGAUGGUGCUCCCCGAUCGAUGUUUGACGGUAGCCCACGGACAUUCACCAUCCCUCCAUCAUCUUCCUUUGACUACCCCCUGACGGCAGCACCUUCGGCACAUCUCAGCGCCAGUCCUUUACAUCAGAAUGCCACUUCGACAGAGGUACAAACGGGUCUUCCGUCAAGUGCCGGGGCCAGUAGCUCUGCAGGACCACCAAAGUCUCGGAAGGGCCAUGGGAAAAGGGCCGAAGACGAUCCAGAGACUGAGUGGGAGGGACAGCUCGGACUCCACAAUCUUCUCAUCGAACAGGCGCGUCUCGACGCAGGGGAUGAUGGCGUUCAGUGCAUGAGCCGUUUUCUUGACAAAUUCAAGAAGGAGAAGAAAUAUCCCGUCAUCCGAACAGUAUCUUUGAAGGCGCCAGAUGUGGCAUCUGGUGAAGGCUGGUAUGGAUGUGCAGUCUGUGCAUUCCCUACAUGCAUGAAGAAUGUCAUCGUAAACCAUGUUGUGAUGGCUCAUAAGGAUAUGUGGACGUUUGCCACGUUGAGCAACUAUUUCAAGAAAUCACCCAGAUGGAACGACGGAAAGACGGUUGAGGACUUGAUGCGCCACAGGAAAGAGUGCAAAAAAGCUCUCCAGGCCCAAGCUGUAGCCAAAGCUGCUGCCUCGAAGGUAGCAACAGCAAGGCAAGCAAACGAAAGGAACCAGGUUUGCCAUCCAAGCGGAUCCUAUCCUGGAGAGAACUCUGUUCCCUCUUCCAGUUCAACUUCUGGUAGACGGUACGGCGCUGGCACAAAGGGCAAGCAGAGGGCUCGCCAGCAGCACCAAGUGCAAACUAUCGAGUUUGAUGGGAAUAGGCUGUUGCAGUCUUUAACCAUCGUUGAUCACUCCGGCUCGACUUUGCGUGCGCAAGCAAGCGUGGCGCGAAAUACGACGAAGAGAAAAGCCCCUCCACCCGACUCGCGCGGGAGCUCCCCACAAACGCACGCAUCCGACAAUCUUACUCCUCGUUCUGGCGGAACCUCGAUCUCAGUUAUGAACGGACCAAAACGACCAUGCGUUCGUAGGACGCCACCAGCGCAUCCGCCUCGGCGCUACGGCGAUGCGCCAGUACAGUCGAUUGUGCUCGACGACACACCAACGCCACCAGGAAACCCUAUUUUGGUGUCUAGCUCUUCCCAAGCCCAGGAUCUGACAAACCUGGAGAAUUCCUUACAAGCCCCUCAUUCGACCCCACCAGAAGGGAUACCAAUGGAUUAUGUAUCACAUUAUUCGUUGGAUGCGCGAUCCUCUGUACCUGUGGGCCCAAUGCCCAUGACGACAACUCAGCAACUCCCCAGUCAUCCUGCUUUCCGGGAUUUCGGGAACCCACGUCUUAUACAAUCACUCUACAAUGACAUCGCCUCAGCGUUUAUGAAGAACAAUCUUCCAAAGCCCGGGGAAUGGUGGUUGGUCUGGUGUUGGCCGUUCAAUGGGAUACCUGGACAGACGGUUGUUCCUCCUGACAACAAUGUCCAGAUGGAUGUUGUUGACCAAUCCCAGGAGUUCCAUCUGAAUGGGCAACUGGACUUCGGGUCUGGUAAUGAGGGAGCGUCCGCUGUCCACGAUUGGCCGUACGCUUACCAGGAGGAAAUGCUGGAAGCAGGACAGGCGGCUGCUUCUGCUAGCAAAGACAAUGGCCAGACCAACAGCUCUAAUACAUCUCAGGUGCCUCGUCUAAAUGGAGAACCUGGAUUUGGGUCUGGUAAUGAAGCAGGGGACUAUGUCCCCUAUUGGCCGUACACAGAGGAUAUGCUGGAAGCAGGACAGGCGGUUGCUUCUGCUAGCAAGGGUAAAGACCAGACCAACCGUUCCAAUAUAUCCCAGGCAUUUCCUCUGAAUGGCCAACCGGAUUUUGGGUUUGGCGACGAGGGAGCGUCCAUUGUCCAUAGUUGGGCUUACUCAGAGGGAGCGCUGGAAGCAGGACAGGUGUUUGCUUCUACUAGCAACGGCAAUAAUCAAACCAAUAUUGUCAACAAAUCCCAGGUAUCUCAUCUGAAUGGCUACACGGGUUUUGUGUCUGGUAAUGGAGGGGCCAAUAUUAUUCUGCGGGACGAAUUGUUACAUUAG